AUGCAUCCCAGUGUGUUUCAUCCUCGGCAUGCCUUAAUACGGUCAUUAGGCGCCAAUUGCCUGCAUCGUCGAGCCACCGCUUUCCCGGCGCUCUCAAGGAGAUGGAAUAGCUCAAAUCACCAACCAGCACAGGAGCCCAUCAUCUUUUCUGGGAUCCAGCCUACUGGUGUGCCACACCUGGGAAACUACCUCGGUGCCCUGCAGCCCUGGGUAAAGCUGCAAGAAGAGGCCAAAGAAGGCACCAAACUUUUGUUUUCUAUCGUUGAUCUCCAUGCCUUGACGGUGCCGCAAGAAGCUGCCCAAUUGAGAAAAUGGAGAAGGGAAGCCUUUGCAACCUUGCUUGCAGUGGGAUUGGACCCCAAGCGUUGUACAAUCUUCUAUCAAUCCAGCGUACCGGCACAUACUGAGUUGAUGUGGAUUCUCAGUACUGUGGCUUCUAUGGGAUAUCUGUCACGAAUGACUCAAUGGAAGAGCAAACUCCAGCUGCCCGACGAUGCUACGUUGGAUGAUUCGACCGCACGAGCACAGUUACGUCUCGGCCUCUUCUCUUACCCAGUACUUCAAGCUGCCGAUAUUCUGAUCCAUCGGGCCACCCAUGUUCCCGUUGGAGAGGACCAGCGGCAGCACCUAGAGUUCUCUCGAUACACUGCCAACAGCUUCAACCACCUUUACGGUCCCAUUUUCCCUAUCCCCGAGGCAUUGAUUUCUCCGGCCAAGCGCGUCAUGUCCCUCAAAGAACCGACAGCCAAGAUGUCUAAAUCACACGCGGACGAGAAAUCCCGCAUCAUCCUCACCGACACUCCCGCUGAGAUUCGCAAGAAGGUCAAGGUUGCCCUCACCGAUUCGGAAGCGGGGGUCACCUACGACCCUGCACGCCGACCCGGCGUGUCUAAUCUGAUAGAGAUCCUUGGCCACCUGGAGGGAAUCUCGUGCGAGGAGAUUGCCCGGGAAUACCACAGCGCCAGUCUCCGGGCAUUGAAAGAGCAUGUGGCGGAGCGGCUUGUGUUCCACCUCUCGGAGAUCCGAGAACGGUACAAUGGUCUGAUGGCCGACCAGACUGGCUACUUGGAGAGUGUGGCUGAGGAGGGGGCUGAGGCCGCCCGCGCCAACAGUCAAGUGACGAUGCGGCAGAUUCGGCAGGCGAUGGGUUUGUAA